GCCUGCCCCCUCCCCGGCCCCUCCCUCCGCCUCCGCGCGCGCGGCGCUCGCAGAGCCGACUCCGGGGGGCUCUCGAUGUAGCACCAUGACAGGCAUCGCCGCCGCCUCCUUCUUCUCCAACACCUGCCGCUUCGGGGGCUGCGGACUCCACUUCCCCACGCUGGCCGACCUCAUCGAGCACAUCGAGGACAACCACAUCGAUACAGAUCCGCGUGUUUUAGAAAAGCAAGAAUUGCAGCAGCCGACCUAUGUUGCCCUCAGUUACAUUAAUAGGUUCAUGACAGAUGCUGCACGCCGAGAACAGGAAUCCCUGAAGAAGAAGAUUCAGCCGAAGCUUUCGCUGACCCUGUCCAGCUCUGUGUCUCGGGGGAAUGUGUCCACUCCACCGCGCCAUAGCAGCGGAAGCCUUACUCCCCCCGUGACCCCGCCCAUCACCCCCUCCUCUUCGUUCCGCAGCAGCACUCCAACAGGCAGCGAGUAUGACGAGGAGGAGGUGGACUACGAGGAGUCAGACAGCGAUGAGUCCUGGACCACAGAGAGUGCCAUCAGCUCAGAAGCAAUCCUUAGUUCCAUGUGCAUGAACGGAGGGGAAGAGAAGCCCUUCGCCUGCCCGGUUCCCGGGUGUAAGAAGAGAUACAAGAAUGUGAACGGCAUAAAGUACCAUGCUAAGAAUGGUCACCGAACGCAAAUUCGAGUCCGCAAACCAUUCAAAUGCCGGUGUGGGAAGAGUUACAAGACAGCUCAGGGCCUGCGGCACCACACAAUCAAUUUCCAUCCCCCGGUGUCCGCCGAGAUGAUCAGGAAGAUGCAGCAGUAAUGUGCUGGUCAGAACUGUGCCAAGAAAUCCUCACCAGCAGUUGCUGAUUUUGAAAACAGCCACCUUUUUUUCAGGGGAAGCACUCAGCAACCCUUUAAUGAGAAAUAAUUAAAUGCAUGCUUUAAACUUUUCUGUAAUUUUGGAAUGAUGUAUCUUUGUAGAGGUAAUGAUUUUGUACAUUUGCACAUGUAAUCGUCAUACCCAUUUUCAUUACUUUGAUAUAAGGUGCUAAACAAAAAAGCUCUAGGUUCUCCAGCACAUUUUCCCCCAAAACAA